GACACGAGAAGCUGCAAAUGUGGAAGCCAAUAACCUUUCACUUCUUGGGUCCCUGACAGUCAUCAGAACAUUAAGUGACCGUGAUGACAUACUGUCGUCAUCCCUAAAUCAUUAUCUAGAGGGAAGACUUGAUGCACCUUUGAGGCAAUUGAAGGAGGGCUUGGAAACUCUUGGAGUGCUACAGGCACUAAAAAAUAACCUGUGCCUAAGAGAUUUGUUUGCUGGAGGUCCCCCUGCACCGCUAACGGCAAAACAAAUAACAGACCUCUUUAAGGUCUGUUAUUCCGAAAAAGGAAGCAUGCGCCGGGUGGAGGAGGAGCGUGCAGUUGGCCAGUGGCGAGACUGGCUCAUAGACCUUGAGGGUGGAGAUGCUGUGCUGCCCUGGAAUGAAAUCAUAAAAAUUACUUUGGAGGAUGUCCUUAUGUUUAGCACGGGCACCAAUCGGAUUCCUCCACAUGGAUUUGAUGAGUUGCCAACAUUAGGGUUCCUUCAUGCAGAUAAGGAACGAAGACAAUUUCCAGAGGCCAAUACAUGUGGAUUAAUUUUGAGGCUGCCAAUUCAUAGUUCUUAUGAAAAAUUUAAUGAGUACAUGAUUUCUGGAGUUGUGCAGUCCCCACAUUUUGGCAUACCUUGAUUCAUUUCUGUCGAAGUUUCAUGUACAAGCAUGAUUAAUGUUUUGGUCAUACAAUAGGAUCACUUUUUUUCAAGAAUUUGCACAUAUAUGGUCCUGCUGAGGUUCUUUUCAUUCUCUCCAUUAUCUUCAUUAUCUCUUUUUCCAUAAACAUCAGUGUCGUAUGGAUAAGCCUGUAAUGUCCAAUUUAUCUUCAAAAUUUCAGUUUUGACAUUUUGACAUAGAUUCUUGCGUUACUGUUGCGGUUUUGUAAAACUGAAUGUAUAAAAUUUACCUGGUCAUGUCCCUCACUACCAAAAAAUUACUUGUAAAAACAACCGGGCCUGUGUUGGCAUCUUAGUCUUAGUGCAUUAUGUUUACACAAUUUGCGCAACAUUCUUCUUAUUACUUGUAAAGAACAAAAUUGCUUACUAGGUCUAAUUUGGUAAUUUUGUAUUUGUAAUGUUUUUGGAACCGGUAUGUUGCAGUGUUGUACUGAAUUCUGUUAACGUAUGUAAUCUUAAACACAUUUAAACGGUGGUUUUAUGAUUUUCAGUGUUUAAUCGUCUGAGAGUUGUGUUAAAUGG